GAGCCAUUUUCUUUGCACCUUCUCCUGGGACUUCUUAUUGAACAGCAAAUAAUACGAAUGCUUCCACGUUGAACACGUUUUAUUUCCAAACUUCUGUUGGCAUAAAUGAGUGCUAUAUUUAAUUGCUGAGUACUUACUUGACUUCCCCUAGACAAUUAAAGAAAGACUGCUCUCAGAGAAAUGGUGAGAGCCCCUUACUUUGACAAGAAUGGACUCAAGAAAGGAGCAUGGAGUCAAGAAGAAGACGAUAAGUUAAGAGCUUAUGUAUUAAGAUAUGGCCACUGGAAUUGGCGUGCCCUGCCCACCUUCGCAGGGCUAGCAAGAUGUGGUAAGAGUUGCAGACUACGCUGGUUGAACUACCUUCGCCCAGAUGUAAAACAUGGAAACUACACCAAAAAAGAAGAUGAUUUAAUCAUAAAAUUACAUAAACAAUUCGGAAAUAAAUGGUCAAGGAUAGCUGCAGAAUUACCAGGAAGAUCAGACAAUGAUAUUAAAAACCAUUGGCACACUCAUCUAAAGAAGCGCACAGAAAAAGGCCAAAGCUCAUCUAGGUUGAAAGAAACUUUCCAAUAUGAAGUCAUCAGCGAGAACGGAGAUCUGAAAGUUGAGAGCUUUGUUCCAAAUACUUCUUCGUACCCAAUACUAGAAAACUCCCCAUUAUCCCCAGAGCUAUCUUCUAGUCUGACAUCUGGUUCUAUUCUGGUUAUAGUAUCCAAUACAAGUACAAGUUCAAACUGGAUUGCAGAAGAUAGCCUAUCUUCAUUUGGAACAUUUGAAAAUACUAGUGGAGAUUUCUGGACCCAACCAUUUGUAGCUGACCAAGAUGGCUGUAAAUUACCGACGCCGGAGAGGGAACUUGUAUCUCCAUAUUUCUCAUACUAUGACGAUAAUAUAGAUUUGUUCUACCAAUUGAUGCAAGAACUCCCAGGAAAUUAAUUCAGAUAUAUUUGUAAUACAGCCAAUUUUUUUACUAAUUCCGGUUCAUGGCAUGUAUGUUAGAAUCUACAUGUUAAAUAGGUGAAACCUCCAUGAAAUCUGUUCAAAUAUGUUGGAUAUAUAAUAAAUCAAAUAUAUAUAAUAUGUCAACAAUUAUUUAUUAAAA